AUGCCUACCAUAGCUGUCGACAAGGCAGCGCUCUUCGAAGCUCUUGGUCAAGAUUACACCACAGAAGAGUUCGACGAGCUUUGUUUUGAAUUUGGGAUUGAACUCGAUGAAGAUACUUCAACGAGUGACCGGCCAGUGAUCAAUGGCAAACAAGAACCGGCGCAGCUCAAGAUCGAGAUACCCGCGAACAGAUAUGACAUGCUAUGUUUUGAGGGAAUAUCUCUGAUGCUCAACAUCUUCCGUGGAAAGCGAGAUGCGCCUCAGUACGCGCUGGCGGCGCCAGCAGGUGGACAGCUGGAAUGUCUCACAGCACAUCAGCAGACGUCAAGGAUAAGACCUUACGUUUCCGGGGCCAUCCUACGCAAUAUCAAAUUCACACAAGCACGAUAUGAGUCCUUCAUUGCUUUGCAAGAUAAGCUACACCAGAAUUUAGCUCGACAAAGGACGCUUGUUGCAAUCGGGACGCAUGACCUGGACACUAUACGAGGGCCGUUCACGUACGAGGCGUUGCCGCCUGAACAAAUACAGUUUGUGCCUCUGAACCAAACCGAGUCCAUGAACGCGGUGGAAAUGAUCAAGUUCUAUGAGAACGACAAACAUCUCUCGCGGUACCUACACAUAAUCAAAGACUCCCCGGUUUACCCAGUCAUCCUUGACGCAAACCGAACAGUCUGCUCCAUGCCUCCAAUAAUCAAUUCCAACCACUCCAAAAUCAGCCUCAAAACGCGCAACGUCUUCAUCGACAUAACAGCCACCGACAAGACGAAAGCCGAGAUAGUGAACAACAUCAUCGUUACCAUGUUCUCCCAGUACACCUCGGAGCCCUUCACGGUCGAACCCAUUCAGAUUAGAUCCCCACACAACCAUCAAACCCGCCAAGUUCCCGACCUCACUCCACGCGAAACACAAGCCUCAAUUUCAUAUAUAAACUCCUGCUGCGGCCUUUCUCUCUCUGCCUCCGACAUCUGCUCCCUAUUGAGGAGGAUGUGCUACACCGCUUCUCCAUCUUCCGCCUCCGAAGACCUAAUAGACGUGCACGUUCCACCCACUCGCGCAGAUGUUCUGCAUCAAGCCGAUAUAAUGGAAGACGUCGCCAUUGCGUAUGGCUUCAACAAUCUCCCGCGAGCUUUCCCCAAUAUCUCGGGCACCGUCGCCCAGCCCCUCGCUAUCAACAAACUCAGCGAUAUCGUACGGCUCGAGGCAGCCAUGGCAGGCUGGUCAGAAGUAUUACCUCUCAUUCUCUGCUCCCACGCUGAGAACUUUGCGCACUUGAAUCGCGUCGAUGACGGUACCACUGCCGUCAGACUGGCCAACCCUAAAACGGCGGAAUACCAGGUCGUCCGCACAUCCCUCCUCCCCGGUCUCCUCAAGACGUUACGGGAAAACAAACAUCACAGCGUCCCCAUCAAAAUUUUCGAAGUCAGCGACGUAGCCUUCAAAGACAUGGCCCUCGAGCGCAAAAGCCGCAACGAGCGCCACUUCGCGGCCGCCUUCCUUUCCAAAAACAGCGGCUUCGAAAUCGUACACGGGCUCAUGGAUCGCGUCAUGCUCAUGUUGAAGUCCGCUUUCAUGACUAGUGAGGAGGGGUUGGAGGGCAAAGGGUUGGGCGAUAGCGCGUAUUGGAUUAGCGAGGUGGACGAUAAGACAUUCUUGCCUGGGCAUGCGGCGGCGAUACACUUGAGGAUGGGAGGGAAGGAGAGGGUGAUUGGGACCUUUGGCAUUCUGCAUCCGAGUGUGUUGGAGAGAUUCGAGUUGAGGUAUCCCGUUAGUACGUUGGAGAUCAACAUCGAGGUCUUCCUUUGA